AUGAACAUCAAGGAUGCCUGUAUUGGAAGAUUUCGGGUGCUAACUAAGAUUAGUUCAGGUGCUUUUGGUGAGAUAUAUGAAGGUGAAUGUACUAAGACUCAUGAUCGAGUUGCAAUUAAGCUAGAGAAGAAGGCUGGGAACAAUCAAUUAAGACAAGAAUAUGUUAUCUAUAAGGAAUUACGUUCAGAAAGUAAUUAUAUCUGUAAGAUCUAUCAUGCUGGGGUUGUUAAUAUCAAGGGAGUUAAACGUGAUGUAUUGAUUAUGGACUUAUUAGGACCGUCUUUAGAGAGUUUGUUUAACUAUUGCCAGCGCCGGUUUAGUUUGAAGACUGUUUUGAUGUUAGCUGAGAUGCUAAUUACGCGGGUGGAGUAUUUGCAUUAUAAGCAUAUUAUACAUAGAGAUAUUAAGCCGGAUAACUUUGCUUUUGGUGUUUAUUCUGGCAAGGGAGAGAUAGCUGAACGGUUGGAGAAGAAUGCUUUUUACAUUUUGGAUUUUGGACUAUCUUGUCACUAUCGGUUGGCUACAACUUAUGCGCAUGUGCCUAUGGCUACUGGUAAGAAGUUGGUGGGAACGGUAAGGUAUGUUUCUAUUAAUACGCAUUUAGGGAUAAGUCAGAGUCGGCGGGAUGAUUUAGAGAGUUUAGCCUAUAUGCUGAUCUACUUUUUGAAGGGGAAGUUGCCUUGGCAGAAUGUUAAGGCUAGUACUAAGGAGAGUAAGUAUGCACGAAUUGGCGAGAUAAAAUGUGCUACGGAUACGGCUGAACUGUGUAGUGGGUUGGAUCCGGCUUUUGAGGACUUUUUGGUCUACUGCAAGACACUGGCUUAUGAUGAUAUGCCUGACUACUUGUAUGCCAAGAAGAUCUUUGCUAAUGCCAUGGUACGGAAUAACUUUGUGUAUGAUUUUGACUUUGAUUGGUACCAGAGAUAUGCUCGCACCCAGGAGCCAAUUCGCCGUAACAUGAAGAAGGAGCCCAGUAAAUAG